AUGCGCCGAUUAGGCCCUCACGCGCGACCCUUCACGUUGGAGCUGACGCCGCUCGCCCCGCCCUCCGUGCAGCUGGUGCCCGCCAAGCAGUACAGCGGCGCGCCCAUCGGCACCAGCUACGACGUUAGGGCCUACGUCGCGGAGCGGCCGGACGAGAAGCUCCACCGGCGGAGCACCGUGCGCAUGGGCAUCCGGGUGAUCCAGCGCUCCAUGGCGCUCACCGUCUCCCCGGAGGCCUCGCCCACGCGCGCGCCGGGCGAGCAGGCCCCGCGGGGCGACCUCGAGGCGCCGUCGCCCCCGCCGCCGCCGCCCCCGCCGCCCCACGCCUCCGCCGCCAAGCCCUUCCUCCUCAGCGACGGCAAGGUGGAGCUGGAGGCGUCCCUGGACCGCGCGGGCUACUGCCACGGGGACACGGUGUCCGUGCACGUGGCCGUCGCCAACAACAGCAAUAAGACGGUGCGCAGGAUCAAGGAUGCUGGGGACUGUGUGUGUCAGGUGUUCGUGGUGCAGCACGUGGACGUGUGCAUGUUCUCCAACGGCAAGUUCAAGAACGUGGUGGCGACGGGGCGAGCGGCGCCGAGUGCCCGCUGGGGCCGGUUCCUCCCGCGUCCGCCCUACGAGCUUGCACAGCCGUGGCGCCGCGGCGCCACCAAGAUGGAUCGCGCUCCGAGGAUCGUUCAGACCGCGCGGCGCGCGCUCUGCGCCGCACCGUUGCUCGGCCCCGCCGGGCUCCCGCGCCGAGCGCAACGUCUUCGCCAUCUACGUCGACUCUACGUCAAGGUGAAGCUGCUAGUUGGCGCCAUGGGAGGGGAACUGUCGCUCAAGCUCCCCUUCACCUUGGUGCACGCGCCACAGCGCGAAAAGGAGCAGCUGACGGCGCCGCUGCAGGAGUUGGUAGCCCUGGUGCCGCCGUCGAUGUGUAGCGCUCCCGCCGCAGACCAGGGCGCUGGUGCAUCCCGCCCGCCCCCGCCCCCGCUCCUGCCACGGCACUGA